AUGAACAUCCAAAAGUACAUUCCCAACGAUGAGCCCAAAUCGGAUCACAGGACCACCGCAAUACCUGUAAAGACUGUCGUUCUAUCCGUCCUAUUCUCUGUCCUCGCCGUCUUUCUCUUUGCAAUGGCGCUGCUGUACUGCAGAAACAUCAAUCGUCUCCGUGUUGAAGACAAGCAGCACAAGCACGCUGACUUUGGUCAGCGGCAGAAAGUCAGGCGCGAUUUCUUUGGUAGGCCGAAGCCUGUGCCAGAGGAUCCAGCAUUGGACUUGGGUGAGUUGCCAGCGCCGUAUAUGCUGCCACAAAACACCAAGAAUCGGGAGUCGGUGGAUUCACUUGCUCGAAUUGGUGAAGCAGAAGAUGGUGCGUAUCGGAUUGCAGCCAUCAGAAAGUCUCAUGAAGCAUCAGCGUCUCCACCUCCAGCAGAUCAGCUCACGGGGAUGCAUGCGCCGCCUGGCAGGGCGCAUCGACCUCAAGGGCGACUGACACCGUCCCCGUUGCGGCAUACGGCUGUCUCGCCCGAGCCACUGAGUCAGGAGGUGCACUAUGGUCAUUUGCACAUGCCGGAAGCAUCUACACAGCACUACACGGAUGAUGGCUCUGCACCAUAUGGUAGCUACUAUGGGCAGGAUGCGUAUGGUCGGCAGAGUGAUCGACAUUGGCAGCAGUCUGGAGGUCAUGGUGGUGUGGGUGAGCAGCCUGGUUGGCCGACACGGGGUCGGAUGCCUGACAUGCCGGGUGGAUGGCACUCUGGAACGUAUGCGAGCCGUGGUAGAUGA